AUGAUACUACUUGUGGGUCUUGCACUUCAGAAAGCGACGCAGUAUCUUCAACUUCUCCAAACACUUGCUCACCUAAAUGUACAGUUGGCUCAAACGGCUGCGCAACUUGCACUGAUGACACUACUUGCGGGUCUUGCACUUCAGAAAGCGACGCAGUAUCUUCAACAUCUCCAAACACUUGCUCACCUAAAUGUACAGUUGGCUCAAACGGCUGCGCAACUUGCACAGAUGACACUACUUGCGGGUCUUGCACUUCAGAAAGUGACGCAAUAUCUUCAACAUCUCCAAACACUUGUUCGCCUAAAUGCACAGCUGGCUCAAAUGGCUGCGCAACUUGCACAGAUAGCACUACUUGCGGGUCUUGCACUUCAGAAAGCGAUGUAG